AUGGAGAGUACGCUUUUUAGCUGCAUAGUGCCGGUUCGCAAUGGGAUGCCGUUUCUCGAUGUGUGCCUCGAAUCGCUUCUCUCGCAGGAUUUUCCAUCGACUUCGUAUGAAGUGAGCCUAUACGAUGACGGAAGCACUGAUGACACGCCAGAAAGGAUUUGUUUUUGGGAGAAACGCUUCAAUGAGAAGAAGAUUCGCUUUGUCUCGGUUAGCGGCGCAAAAUCAGGAGGUGUUGGAUUCGCAAAGAACGCAGCCGUUCGACAAUCAUCCGGACGAUUUCUUUGCUUUUGCGAUGCGGACGAUGUUUCAAAUCGACAAAGACUGCAACGAUUGCACGAGAAAAUAGAGAAGAAUGAUAAUAAGACAGCCGACCGACUAUUCCUGGGAUCAUGCUUUACGAGAAUACCUGCCGAUUCUACAAGUCGUUUUGCUCGAUGGGCAAAUUCUCUCAAAAACGAGGAUCUAUCAGUGCAGAUUUACACAUCUCAUGGCUCAACGUUGAUAGCUCCGACGUGGUGUGUUUCUCGAGCGAUUUUCGAUAGAAUUGGUGGCUUCAAUGACGAACACGCGAAAGGAUUUCCCGAGGAUUUGGAUUUCUUUUAUCGAGCUUUGGAUUUCGGAGUGAAACUUGUAAAGAUUGAUGAGCCUCUCGUUGAAUAUCGAUAUCAUCCAGAUUGUGCAACUUUUGGCGUCUUCGAAGAAACAAUUUGGAAUUUACGGAUUCAACGACUUCAAACACGAUUCCUUGACAAUUUGGCCAACUUCUCAAUUUGGAGUGUAGGAAAACAAGGGAAACGAUUUUUCAAAUCAUUGUCAACAAAAAACAAAAGCAAAGUAGCCGCCUUUUACGAUGUCGACGAGAGAAAAGUUCAACACGGCAAAUACGAGGAAUACGAUGAGAUCAAUCGGAGAGUGGUAGCAACGAUUCCGGUGAUGCAUAUCAAAGAAGCCACCCCUCCGAUCAUCAUUUGUGUGAAAUUGGACUUAACGGGCGGCGAUUUGGAGAAUUUUAUCGCUGAAAAGCAUUGGAUUGAAGGAGUUGACUAUGUGCAUUUUAGU